UUGUGCUCCCCAUCCAAUCUAUUCAUCUUUCCAUCCUUCGCUCAUCUGCAUCUCUAGCUGGCCAACAAAUGCGGCCCAUUUGGUUCCGAUACUCGAGAUUCGGUUUGGAGUUUUGAGUUUCAAGAUCCGAGGCCCGAGACCAGAGAGAAUUAGACGCCACUACUAUAAAACGCCGUGUCAGAGCUUCGCGCCAUUGCAGUCGCCUCAGCGUUCGUCUCCCGCUCGGUUCGGUUUUAGUUUUCGGUUUCACUUCCCAUUUGUCGACUUCAUUUUCAGUUUUGACUGUUGGACAUGGCUCGAGUUUAGUUUAGUGCUAACUUUGUUUUUUUUUUUUUUGGGGCACCUGAGUGUGUUACGUGCGAACUGGUGAAUGUUGUCUGUGCUGGUUCCCUCCAAGGAGCGAUCAUCGUCAUUUAGCCGGAUCAAGGCGGUCAAGCAUCAACAUUGCCACAAGUUAUUAUCGGAGGAGACCAUAAACGGAAUUCUGUAAUCAUGCAGGUGUUGCACCACCUGAUUCUUCUAUUCAUCGUUUUGAUUAACGAUGUCCACGGCAUCCUGCAACCUUCUGGCUACGACGACGACACUUCGCCACUGCCACUCCGCCUAGACGACUUGGAACGGGACCACCUGCAGCAGUUGGACCUCAAUCGGCCGCCACUCUUGCCCAAUCACUACGAAUGGCACCCGGAUGUGGCCGCCAGUCUGCCGCCCAGCUACAUUCAGGAGGCUGCCCAACGGGAUCGGGAGCGCGAGCGGGAUCUCGAGCGUAAUCGGCGACUGGAGGAGCUGCGUCAGCUGCAGCAGCAGCAUCAGCAGCUGAGUUCGGGCUACGCCUUUCCUGUCCACCUGCCAGGUGUGCUCUAUGUUGGUCCCACAGCUGCCACGCCCACUCCCACGCCCUCGGCAGCGACGACGACAGUGGCCUCCUCUGCCACUCGAUUUGCCAAACCCAUAGUUCCCUACGACUUGGAACUAGGGUUGCGCCCCAUUCCAUAUGUAACCAGUAAUGCCCUGCCCCUUCCAGUGCCACGCCCCCUUCCGACACCCCAUGCCCGAGCGCCGUUCAUAUACGGAUUUACCGGCCAGGGCAACCGAGCUGCCAGCCACAAGCUGCCGGUUCAGCCCCUGCUGGUCCAGCAGUCCAAGCAGUUCGCCUACGCUCCCGCUCAGCCCCCCCAGCGGCAUUACGCGAAUGGGCCACGGGUACCGCUACCGUAUCCCCCCAGCUUUGUGAGCUUCACCACUCGGAGACCGGGUUCGGAGCGGAGUAGGCCAUUCCGGCCAUCGCAGCCGGAUCCCACGCCCGAUUUGUUCGCUGGACGCUCCUCGAAAUCACUGAUCGACUCGUACAUUCCCAGCUGGGAGGUACUGCGCCUGAUUAGACAGCACCAGCCGCAGCAAGGAUUCACUCCCAUCGCACGCCAAACGCUCGCAUAUCCCGCUCCGGCGCACUUGAGGCUCUACAAGCGAGAUUCCCAGGAGGACCGGUCGAGAAUCGUGAAAAAAUCGCUGAGACAGCCCGGCAAACUCAAGGAAACCUUACCCGAACCAUAGAGUUCGAGUUCGGGCUUAGCGUACGAUUUAAUUUUUUGUUUCUUAAUUUACCUACAAAUACGAAUAUUUAUUGCUGCAGAAAUAAAAUGGUAUUUUGUUUGCCAGGGUAAACCUUA